ACUCUCACUGAGCACAAGCACUCACACAUGUCUGUCGCUACUAGCUGUGCUGUCUCGGCUGUUGGGGUAUAUAUUUUAUGUGUUGUGAUGUGUUGGUUUGUGAGGCCUAGCUAGGGAGUGCCCGAAGUGACGGUGGACAUGUCGUCGGCGGCGGUGCUCUGUGUGGUGACCCCGGAGUGGAUGGGGGAGAUGGCCACGUUGGGGGUGGGCGCAUUGGGGGCCAGAGGGAAGAUGUCCGGCAGGUGCAGCUGCGUGAUGCUCACGUCAACGUACUUGCGCAACGAACGGGGACCCUCCUCCUGACGCAUGGCAGCAUGGCACACAGCACACAGCACCCUCUUCUUCCUUCUCUCUCUGUCUCUCGGCGAGUGUGUGUGUGUGUGGGGUGGGUGUGGUGGGUGGGGUGUCGCUUACCUUCAUCUGCUUCAUGAGUUGCGACCGCACCGUCGCCAUGUCCAUGUCCAAACGAGCAAACAACUGAAGGACAGACAGACAGACAGACAGACAUGCCCCAGUCAGUCCCCGCCUCCCUCCCUCCAUCCAUCCAUACCAUUGGGCGCAGUUGGUCGAGGAGCCAGAUGGCCGAGCUGUAGCGGCGCAUCUCCAUCUAAAGACAUACACGCAUCAAAGGACGGACAGAAAGGCCAACUCAACGCGCCGUAAGCGUCAUGUGGUGCGGUGUGGUGCGGUGUGUCUGGUCUGCCUGCGUACCGCAAAGAUGUCAUCGCACAUGGCGUUGAGGUCGUCAACGUGCCUAAACGAGAUGGGGUCAGGAAUGAGUGCGGGUGUGGGUGUGGGUGUGUUGCCUGCCAGACUUUGCGAAGUACGGCUUGAGGAAGUAUCGUAUGGCCGCCGCGGCCAGGCAGCUGCCGGGAAUGUCGCCACCCCAACCUGACGCGCACACACGCAGUUGGACAAAGAUGCAGCCAGAUGGCAUGGAUGGGUCCCUCCCCUCUCACCCACGCCACACACCUUCUACGGCGGCUGCCUGGGCCAGUACGGCAAACUCGCGGAUGAAGUAGGGUAUCUCCGACUUGACGCUACCAAACACCUUAAGGCACACACAUAACAUACAUACAUGGUACGGCACAGAGAGAGGGGUGGGGUGUGGUGUGCUUGGGGGCUUGUGGGUGCAGGGCAGUGCACUGGGUACAUCUUCGUAUGUGUCCCUGAGUCUGGCGAGGUACAGCAGGAUGAAGUCUAUCGACGUGUUCGUGACGAACAAACCAUCCAACGUCUUCACACACAUAACAUGCCCACACACAGAAGAGACAGAGGGAGAUCCAUCCAUUCAUCGUGUGCAAGAGGUUAAUCUCUGUGCCUGGUCGGUACCUUGAGGACCUCCACCUCGAGCAGUCGCACGUCGUCAACGCUUUUGAUGUAGGGCGCCGCCUUGACGAAGUCCUUCACAACCGGCAGACAACGCUCAUCCAUGAACUCCUGCAAUGCAACACAUACAUCCGGUCACAACACACACACACACACACACACCAUAGAUGCACAAGAGCCCCUCCCUCCCUCCCUCCCCUCCCUCCCUCUCCACCGAAAAGACAUGCUGACGUGACGUACAUGGAAUUUGGCGGAGACGUAUAGGCAUGCGACGGCUAUGGCGGGCGAGUCCUUUGGGUCGAUGCGCGGUAUGAUCUCGGUGCCCUCCUCGUCGACGUACCUGCGCUCCCAGUUGGCCAGCUCCUUCUUGUCCAGGAAACGAUCAAGUACAUUGACCGCCGACAAGAACGUGCUACACGUCAAACGAAGGCUGCACCACCAACAUACACCACACACAGGAGGGGAGGGGUGGGUAGGUUGGUGUGUGUUGUGUGUAGCAACCGACCGACCGACCGACCUUUUGACGACGUCGCCUAUCCACUGUGUGAGGUUGCGCCGGUCGCCCUUGCUGUGGGCGAAUGAGUGCUCGGUGCUGUCAUAGCAACUGGCCUCGUGAACAUACAAAUCUGGCGACGGUGCAGUGCACACAAGACAAAGAGAUAUACAUUGCAGAGAGCAGAGGCCUCUCCUUUCCUCUGUGCCCUUGUUGUGUUGCUUACAUGUCGGGAAGGCAUGGAUGGACGGAUGCUUGGGCCAUGGCUGUGGCAGGGGCAGCAGCUUAUCCAGAAUGCAGGACACCACCUCCUCCUCAGUAGACCCAUACGCACACUCCUCAGUGACACACCCCCCCUCACCCCCACCCUCACCCUUACUGCCUCCCGCCACCUCCGACACGGCGCCCCCAUGCUCAUCCUCACACACCGAACCCUCAGGCUCCCGCUCACGCUCACAGUCCUCCUUCACCAGGUCCUUCACCGCACCCUGAGACUCCGAGUUCGCCAUCUUGGCGUACAUGGCGCCCUAGCGUUGAAAAAUUGGGUUGGGAUGGGUCGGUUGGCGUUGGCUUAGGCCUCCGGCUUGGGUCUGCAAUGGGAUAAGGCCUGCGGAUGGCGCAGGGAGCCCCGGGAGGGACGGCGGGUGUCGGGGGACGCUCUCAGAGGAGUUCCAUGGCGCGUGUGUGAAGCCCUCGGGUGUGCAUGCACACGAUAUCCGACAACUACCUAUCGCUGUAGCCAAAUCACCACCUCACGCGCCCACAGCUAAUGCCGAUG